AUCCGACCUAGUUCACAACAGCAAGCGUUACAUCACUUCGGGCCGUGUCCCACCUGGCCUUAAGAUAGCGUUAUACCUACCUUAUAGAAUUAAGCACUGUGACAAUUAGUAUGACACGCUGACUUGUCUAUUUUACACAUCAGUGCGAAAGCUACAGUGACUUCGCAUUAUUAUUAUUAUUUUUUUCCUAAAGGGGGGGGCUGUCAAGACGCGACUGGUUUCAUCGAGCCCUGAUUUUAAGCCAAAAGAAGAGUUAUGUCCUGCCCAUGCACUUCGGCUGCGAGGUUGCUUCUGAACACUGCCCACAGAGGAUUGUCCUGCUCUCGGAUCCAGUUGUAUUCUCUGAGUCGUCACGGGUCUCGAGAAACUCAUUUACUCCCCCGGGUACGAGUAAGGUCAUUUUCAGAGACGUCUGUUUGCUAUGCCUCCAAAGAUGGGUCAACAAAGGAUGGUGGAAUCGUGUUUACACAGAAAAGCAUCAGUGAGGGAAAGAGACUAUCAGGCUCUGGAGGAUCAGGCAAGGGGGGGAGCCAGCUGCGCUGCCCUAAAUGUGGAGAUCCUUGUACACAUGUAGAGACCUUUGUCUCAUCGACACGAUUUGUCAAGUGUGAGAAAUGCCAUCACUUUUUUGUGGUUCUGUCUGAAACCGACUCCAAGAAGGGGCUAAACAAAGAGCCAGAAUCUGCUGCAGAGGCAGUGAAAUUGGCAUUUGCGCAAAAACCUCCCCCUCCUCCGAAGAAGAUAUACGCCUACCUCGACAAGUAUGUCGUCGGUCAGUCCUAUGCAAAAAAGGUGUUAGCAGUGGCAGUGUACAAUCACUACAAGCGCAUCUACAACAACAUCCCUGCAGGGAGUCGACAGCAGGUGGAGGUGGAGAAGCAGCCCACUCUAACACCUCGUGAGCUAGAGAUGAGAAGACGAGAGGAUGAAUACAGAUUCACAAAGCUGCUGCAGAUUGCAGGGAUCAGUCCACAUGGAAAUGCUCUGGGGGCGUCUAUGCAGCAACAGGCGAGCCAGCAGGCACCUCAAGAGAAGAGGGGCGGGGAGAUCUUAGACUCCACACACACUGAAAUCAAACUGGAGAAGAGCAACAUCAUACUUUUAGGUCCAACUGGCUCAGGGAAAACAUUGCUGGCUCAGACACUGGCACGUUGUCUGGAUGUUCCCUUUGCCAUUUGCGAUUGUACCACGUUAACUCAAGCCGGAUACGUGGGAGAAGACAUCGAGUCAGUUAUUGCCAAACUGCUCCAAGAUGCCAACUACUCGGUGGACAAAGCACAACAAGGUAUUGUGUUUCUGGACGAGGUUGAUAAGAUUGGUAGUGUGCCCGGAAUCCAUCAGCUGAGAGACGUAGGAGGAGAGGGAGUCCAGCAGGGUCUGCUUAAACUCUUGGAGGGAACAAUCGUCAAUGUUCCUGAGAAAAAUUCCAGGAAACUGAGGGGAGAAACAGUGCAGGUAGACACAACAAACAUCCUGUUUGUUGCAUCCGGUGCCUUCAACGGACUCGACAGAAUCAUAAGCAGAAGAAAGAAUGAAAAGUUUCAGUAUUUGGGUUUCGGGACUCCCUCCAAUCUGGGGAAAGGGCGGCGUGCAGCGGCUGCCGCAGACUUGGCCAACACCAGCGGUGAGACGGACACAGUUGCAGAAUUAGAGGAGAAGGACAGGCUGCUGAAGCACGUAGAGGCCAGGGACCUGAUUGAGUUUGGAAUGAUCCCAGAGUUUGUUGGCCGUCUCCCCGUCGUCGUUCCUCUGCACAGCCUGGACGAAGAAACACUAGUCCGAAUCCUGACUGAACCCCGCAAUGCUGUGGUGCCCCAAUACCAGGCUCUGUUCAGCAUGGACAAAUGUGAACUUAAUGUGAAUCAAGAUGCCUUGAGGGCCAUUGCCAAGAUGGCUCUGGAGAGAAAAACUGGAGCUCGUGGGCUCAGGUCCAUCAUGGAAAAGCUCCUUCUAGAGCCCAUGUUUGAGGUGCCACACUCUGACAUCAUGGCCGUAGAGCUGGACCAAGAUGUUGUCCAAGGAAAAGCACAACCCAGAUAUAUCAGAGCGCCAGCUAAGGAGUCUGCGGAGGAGGAAUACGACUCAGGCAUUGAAGAGGAGAACUGGCCUCGGCAGGCAGACGCUGCUAACAACUGAACAAGUAGCUCCUUUCACAUCGAACUCCCUCUGAAAUCAAUAGAAUACCAUGAACCUUUGGAUACCAACUCUGGGUUUUACUAUAGCUCCUGACAAACAAGCCGUGGACAUUGUGUUAGAUGUAUUACAAGCCGCUGGUUCUCACCAAGGAGUGUUUCAGGAUGAACAAGUUAAGAGAGCGUAACAACCUUUUGGUCCCGUGCAUCUGAUGAUAAUUCUCUAGCAGUGCGCUCACAGCUAUGUGGACCUUUAUAAGAAAUUUCAAUCUCUGGGGAUUGUUAACAUUUUAUCUAUAUAAAGAUAAUGCAAUUUUAUUCAUGAAAGGAUUUGUAGUUAGUUAAUUUGUUUUCUCUUUUUGUGGUGAUAGGCUGUCAUGGUAAGGGAAGCAAAUGGAAAGAAUGGGAUCAUACUGUACACUUGAAAACGUGACGCGCUGAGUGUAGAUGUGAUGUUACCAUGACAAGUGAUGCCUUGAAUCAUAAGGGCGUAAUAUUCCAUGACGCAUCAAUAUUUUGAUGUUUUCUUCUGUACCACCAUUGUAAUAAUGGUGUUCACAGUAAAAACCGGGCUGUAAAUGUUGAGCUACACUGCCUAGGUAGCAUUUGUAAGCAGUUUGUAUGACAUUGCCUCUAAUUAGGAGAACACAUUGUGUCAUGUAAAGCACCAGCACACUAAACAAAGCAGGUGAAAACUAUUGGUGACCUUUAAAACAGCCAGAAUGGUUAUUUUCAUUAUUUAGCCCAUUUCCUUAUUUUUUAGCCCGUUGUUUAGGGAAUGUAUAUGUUAACUAUCAGACCUCUGGAUCACAGGACUGGUGAGGAGAGCUGUCUCUCUAAGCAGGUUCGACAGGUUAGCCAGCUUACUUUGAAGUGUGACUGAAAUAAUGCCUUCAUAAACAUCUUCUUAGACAUAAUCUUGAACUUGUCAUUCAACCUGAUGAUGCAUUUCAUAUCAUCAGCUGGUUGCUGCUCUAAACCUGCUUAGUCAGACAUUCCUCAGAACUGCACUUGUAGUUUGAUUUUCUUUGUUUGUUCCCCAGCAUUGGAAACGCACCUUCAGUGAUGUAAUCUUCUGUUACUUAAAGGUACUCAACACACAUGUUUGUACUCAAAGCUCCACCUUAUAGCUCCAUGACUGAACCACGCUGCUGUACUCCCUAAAAACGCUGUUGUGCUUUAAAAUGAGAUUAAACUAGAUCUGUUCUCCUUUU